GCUUACAUGUAUUCGCAGUUCAACCUCUCGCCUCUCCAAUACACACGCGCACACAGAUUUCACUUAUAAUUUCUGCUCUCUCUCUCUCUCUCUGAAGUCUCCGAUCGAUCUUCUCCGGCGAACAGCCUGUUUUCCGGUGAUAUUGUCAAUUAAUAAAGAAGAAUGACGUCAGGGACGAGGAUGCCUACAUGGAAGGAGAGAGAGAAUAACAAGAGGAGAGAGAGGAGGAGGAGAGCCAUCGCCGCGAAGAUAUUCACCGGUCUGAGGAUGUACGGCAACUACAAGCUGCCUAAGCAUUGUGAUAACAACGAGGUCCUCAAAGCCCUCGCCGAUGAGGCUGGCUGGACCGUCGAACCGGACGGCACCACCUAUCGUAAGGGAUGCAAGCCUGUGGAACGGAUGGAAGUUGGUGGAUCUGCAUCAGCAAGCCCAUGCUCAUCAUCUUACCACCCAAGUCCCUAUGCUUCCUAUCACCCCAGCCCUCCCUGCUCUUCCAUCGCGAGCCCAUCCUCCUCUUAUGCACCCAACGCUCACCCCGAUUCACUCAUUCCAUGGCUCAAGAAUCUUUCCUCUUCAUCCUCCUCAUCAAACUCAGCCAAGCUUCCCCAUCUUUACAUCCACACUACUGGCUCCAUUAGUGCACCCGUGACUCCACCCAUGAGUUCUCCAACUGCUCGAUCCCCUCCACGACUCAAAACCGAUACCACCUGGGGUGCAGGUGCACAUGCACGUGCACCUCGUCACUUCUCCUAUCUUCCCUCUUCGACUCCACCAAGUCCUGGUUGCCACACCCUCCCUAAUUCCGAAUGGUUCUCUGGCAUUCGGCCCACGUCCCCAACUUUCAGCCUCGUGGCAUCAAACCCGUUUGGAUUCUUCAAGGAAGCGGCUAUAUCGCAUGGUGGAUCACGAAUGUGGACUCCUGGACAAAGUGGGACUUGCUCUCCUGCAAUUCCUCCAGGAUUUGACAACACUGCCGACAUUCCAAUGGCGGAAUUAGUUUCCGAUGAAUUUGCGUUCGGUAGCAAUGCAGGAGGGAGGGUGAAGCCAUGGGAAGGAGAGAGGAUCCACGAGGUGUGUGUGUCUGAUGAUCUUGAGCUUACACUUGGGAGUUCAAAAACAAGGUAAAAUGCAAAUUGGAGAAGAAAUAGCAUAGCCCAAUGGUGCUUGGGAAAAAGUUGCAAUAGAUGGAUGGAUCAAUGCAAGUUUAAGAAAUUGUCCCCCCUAUUUUAAGUUAUAAAUGGUAAAGUAUGUUGCCCAAAUCUUUACUGUAAUGUAAUCCAUGCAGCUUAAGUAGUUUCUACUUGUGACUUUGAGA